UAUGAAAGGCAGUUUUUGGAUGGGUGAUUGAUUCCAUGAGCCGAUAGUGCCCUCAAUAGACCAUCAUUCCAAUCACCACAUAAGCUGGCUGAGGCCUGGGAAACGCCAUAAAACUCUUGGCAACCGUCCCAAGUUGAAUUGGUUAAACGCUGGAUUGAUUGUGUUCGUGAAUUAGCCACAUGGCUUUUUGGUUUUGCCACCACUCACGACAAGUUCCCAAGACACUGAAGAAGCCAUGUCAUGUGUUUGAGCAUUAGUUCACCGCCAUCAAGAUUUAUGAACGUUCUCGCACGGACGAGACCAAGAUAGUCUCCGAGUCCUUGUAGUAGAACAUUUUGGUGCUCAUCCUCAUCAUCUCUAUUUUCAACUCUUCUUCCUUCAAAAGCUUCUGCCUGAGCAGCCUGGCCAUCUCCUUAGGCUCCAGACUGACUGGCUCGGUUGGAUUGGCAAUUAAACAGGUUUGCAACCACUGAUCCAACCAUUUCGCUUCAAACCAUCGCUGGAAAGCUCGGGCUGUGCAAAUGCAAUUUGUCCACUUCAAGGGUGCAAGUGUUUGAAUGUAUGGGUUGGCGGCUAAUGUUCAACCGUCGGACCAUUCAAAGUGUGUACAGUAGAUGUGCUUCUCGUCGGGAAAUCAAUGCAAACCAUUGUUGUUGUCGCUUUACGGACCUAUUUGGUAGACGAGUCAUCAUCCAUCCACUUGCCGCUUCAAUGUGCUUAAAGUGCUCCUAUCAUCAUUCCCAAAUUUCCAGCACAGCUUGACCAACCAACCGACUUGGCUGGGAGUCGAAAUUGAACACGUGUUGGAAAGAAUUGUCCCAAAAGAGUCGUAAAGCCAUUUCCAUCGGGUUCAGCCCGCUAGACCACGGCUAUUCGAUCGAGUGACGACAAUAGUAGGACCUCCACUCGGUGGACUCGUAUGGUAGAUGACAAUAGCUCCAAUUCCAGAGGACGUCAAGGCAACAAACCCACGUCCGGAAGGUUGUCUCCAAAGCCCCUAAAUAAUUCCUUUCAAAUACUGUAUAGGAUUUCCCGACAGUUCGUCUACAUCUACGACAAAGUUCAGAAGGUUGAAACAUCGCAUGAAAUACGAGAAACGGGAUUUAAAAUUCACCCAGAUCAUCCCACCGACGAGAGAGAAAGAGAGAACGAGAGAAAGAUGUAAUUGAAGAUUUUUAACUAGGCAAACACGGCACGAACGAACGAGAGGUCCUUCCGAGUCAGAGGGCUCAUUAUUACCCCUCAACCAGUCACUGCCAUCACCUCACAUCAUCGGACUCAGGAAGGGGGUAAAGACAUCAUCGACAUCGUAACCCUUCCCGAGUGAUGAACAACAGCCGAAAGGUGAUCAUGGGUUCCUUAAGAAAUAUGACUCCGUCUGGUGCAUGGUCGAAGGAAGAGCAGUCGCCGUCAUCAUCAACAAGUUCAUCAUUAUCAUCAUCUACUAUUUUUCCUUCUAUUACUACAGUAACCAAGAAGGAAGUGGUGGCACCUCAAGAGGGCUCACUAUUGAUCCCUCCGCUGGAAGCGAUGCUGCGAACUCCUUCAGAAUCAUCACACUCAUACAGAGGGAGGCUUCCCCGAGAAAAUCACGACUCAUCCAAAACCCAAUGUUUUCUCAACAAGCAAAUAUCGCCUCGAUUGGACUCAGCUCUGCGGGCGACGAUCAGAUCUCAAAAAACAGACGUAUUUAGGAGGGCACAAGUAAAAACAACAAGCCCCGGUCCACGGUCCUCCCCCAGGGGCCAUGAAGGCGGGAACCGAUGUCGGAAUCAAUUAACUGACUUUCAAGCCAAAUUACUACCAAAUUCAGGAACCAUUGAGCGCCAGUCACGCUAUUCACGGAGGAGGCUCAAACCUCGGGUAACUCUGCACAAUUGGAGAGUGUUACUCUAUGCUGCUCUGGUUGGAGUGCUGCUGAGUCACUUGGGGGCGGCCGAGAUUUUAGACGGGUCCAGGGGUGUUCACCGGGACAGCGGUGGAAGUGGAGACGACAUGCAAGAAGUGUAUUCAGUGGUGAGCGGAUCUGCUCACAUUCCUUGCAACAUCACGGGCACCUCCAUAGACGAUGGAGCACGCCUCGUGUUGUGGUACAAGGACGAUGACCCGCAGCCCGUGUACAGCUUCGACGCUCGAUUCUCAACGGUCAAGCAUUGGUCCGAAGACCCUCAUUUUGGUCCACGUACUUUCUUCCGCGACUCGAGUGACCCGGCUCAGUUAAUCAUCUCCAGUGUUGAGAUGGACGAUAUGGGGGUCUACAAGUGCCGAGUGGAUUUUCGAGAAUCCCCAACGGUGAUUACCAAAGUGAAAUUGAAUAUCGUGGAAGAGCCAAAGAAGCCGGUCAUCUUGGAUGACGAGGGCAGUGCGGUCAUGGGCAAUAUUGGCCCGUUUCGCCUCAAGAAGCCGUUGAUUCUCGUGUGCAUUGUGGAGGGUGGUAACCCUCUCCCCGAGGUCUCCUGGUGGCGUGAUGGUCAAAUGUUCGACCAAGAAGGGGAUCCUAGCACCUACGAAGACGUACUUCAGAAUACGUUAGUGAUUUCCGCCCUCGAUCGGACCUUCCACGACUCCUUAUUCGAGUGUCGGGCCAUAAAUAAUAACGUGACCGAACCUCCAACGUCGAGUGUAUCCAUCAAGCUGGAAUUACCCAUCCUCGAGAUCAGUCUCUCCAACCUGCCAGAUCCCGUGACCGCAGAUGUUCGGUAUGACGUGCUGUGUCAAGUGAUCGGAGCUCAGCCCCCACCCACCAUAACUUGGAGACUAGGCGAGGUUGUGCUACCCGCUAACGCACCGAGAUUGUCAUUGGAGAACAACUUGACCACCACGGAGUUGAACUUCACCCCCAAGAUCAAGGACCAGGGCAAGGUCCUCUCGUGCACGGCCGAGAGUGGCAUCUUUCCCCCCCAGAAUAAGUCGGUCUCACUGAACGUGUACUACAUACCCGUGGUCCAUGUCGAGAUCAUGAACGAUAUCGAUCCCAGCAACAUUCGCGAAGGCGAUGACAUCGUGCUCAAGUGCAACAUUCAGGCCCACCCUUGGGUGUGGCGAAUCCUCUGGUACAAGGAUGGGGAGGAGAUGGUCAGCUCGGACCGCGUGGUCAUUGAUGAGCAGCGGCUCGUGCUCAAGAAUGCGAGCAAGUCCUUUUCGGGACAGUUUGUAUGCUCAGCUUCCAAAGUGGAAGGCGAUGGGUUCAGUAAGCCCAUGAUGAUCACUGUCAACUACAAACCCGUGUGCCUGGCACCUACCAUUGAAUACAAAGGGAACAACCGUUCCCAAGGAAUUGAUCUCAAAUGUCAAGUGGAUGCGAAGCCCAAGUCGUCGACUUUCCGGUGGCUGUUCAACAGCAGCGAGACUCGCUUUGAAAUCCCCAGUGCUGAGAGCAUCAUGUCCUUUGGCAACUACAAACCUACCUCGGGGGACCAGCAUGGCGAGGUGCUCUGCUGGGCCUCCAAUGAUCUCGGCGAGCAGCUCAAGCCCUGUGUGUUUCAUGUUGUUCCCUUGGGCGCUCCCCAAGCUCCCCGGGAUUGUCAGAUAAGUAACCAUUCAGCCUCCACCAUUGAAGUGACCUGCACCCCGGGUUUCAGUGGGGGACUCUCACAGCACUUUGUAAUGGAGGUUUUUGAGACCCUGCCCAACAACAGCCAGGUGCUGAUCGCGUCCAAUUGGACCGAGGACUCGACCAUUAGUGUGUGGGGAUUGGUGCCCGAAUCCAAUUACAUCAUCUCCGUGAAGGCUGUCAACGAAAAGGGAGAGAGCUCACCCGUGUACGUGGGUGGAAAGACUGAGGGGUUCAUCCAAUCGCUCCCCAGGGCCGUCGAGGAGUCCCGGUUACCUUUGCUCUUCGUCAUCGUCGGCAUCUUGUUGGCCAUGAUGGUCUUGGGUGCUUGUGUCACGGCCACCGUGGCUUGUAAACGGCGACGCCACAAAAUGAGUGCCGAUUCGUCUUACGACACCCGGAACGGAUCGCCUCUCAGUGUGGACGACGACAUCGAGCCCGUGGGCGACCUGUUAGAAACCUCUCAGCCAUUGAUGGAUGAGCAUCAUGUCAUUCAAAAUGCUACCAUUCAAAUGGCCUCGACGCCGUUGAAUAAUCAACGCAGUCACACCCCGCCCGAACGGAAGGUCAGCUUCCGCGAUUGCACCUAUUGCCAGUGUGGCAACCGCGUGUCCAGUCGACGCUUGGCCACAUCGAACGGAGAUCUCCAUCGGAACCAUCGAUUGGGCAACGGCAACUCCAGCAUGUUACCCAUUGAAAGGGCUGUGGUGCGAACAUUUUCCAUCGACAAAAUGCGUCCAAUUUGUCACGUGUGCAACCCUGGCGGGGAAACACCCUAUCCGCCUGAUCAUCAAUUUGAAGAACUCGACCAGACCUCUCAAGCCAUGUUGAACAUGCUGAACACGGGAUGAAGCGCCCCUCAUCAAAAUACCCUCUCUCAACGCCCCAAUUUCAAGCGUAUCGAAUCUUACCUAUGUAGAGUAUUAUUACUCAAUCAAGGCACGUUCCACGAGGCCCACAUACAAACAAUGACUCUUGUCCUGCUACGUACACCGACUGAUCCGAUUGCAUUACGUACAUACAUGGAAGUGAGUGUGUGUGACAGUGAAUGCUCCCCAUAGCUGUUUGAAAGCGAAUACAUAGAAUUGUCGAAAAGCCUUGAUUCUUUUACUUUGAUU